GCUUCGAAUCAGCUUCUUUUAUGAUUUCCUAAAUUAUCAAUAAUCUCCGGUUACUCGAAGUGCUGAAAAAACAUGAAGUACUGUUUAAAUUUAACGUGUAAAUGUACCAACUGAUAACAACUGCAAAAUCCAGCAUCGAACUUUUCUGAACACGUCCAACAAAGUGGGAAGAUUCAGAACUUCGAAGUUGGGAAAAGGUGUCAAGGUAUGGCAAGGAUUAAAUGAUUGAAAAAAUUAUUUUCUAAAGAUCUUGAAUAUAUCAAUUGAUGCUGUUUUAAAAUCGAGAAGUGAAUGGACACUGUAAAAAUGAGUGAGGGAUUAACAAAAAAUUUUGCAGCCGAGGAUUUCAAUCCAGAUAAGUUUGUGAAAGACCUCAGUGCUCAGUGUGUCGGCGCAGACGAGCUCAGACAGCAGAGAGCAAAAAUUCAAGAACUCGCUGAUGUUACUUCUGCUCAACUGAAACGCAAUGUUUACCAAAACUAUAUGCAAUUUAUUGAGACUGCAAAGGAGAUUUCACAUCUUGAAAGUGAAACGUAUCAGUUGUCACAAUUACUCAGUGAGCAGCGUUCGCUGUUCAGUGCACUUACUGCAACAACCAUGACGGGAGUCACAUUUGAUGACACAUUGGAUGGUCCUCAAGAUAAUUCUAAUAAUUGCAUGUCAAAAGAGGAAGAACAAAAGCAGAAAUUGGUGCAACUAUUAGAAAAUGUUGAAGGAGCAAUGAGUUUAGUUGAGACACCUGGACGAGUCUGCAUACAUGAAGGAUCUCUUCUUGAACUAGAUCCUUUGGAAGGAACACCUUUAAAGAGAAUUCACGCUUACUUGUUAAAUGAUGUAUUAAUGAUUGCAUCGUGGGUGGCUAAUGGGAAUCGAAGAGGCCCGCCAAGAUAUAAAAUGCAAGCUGUCUACGACCUCAAUAGUUUGGCAGUUAUAAAUGUUAGAGAUAUAGGGACUUUUAAAUUGGCAUUCAAACUAUUAGCUUUUCCUGAUACAAGAGUGUUUCAAUGUCCUACUGCUAUAAGUAAGAAAGAAUGGUUAGACAAAUGUGAGCAAGCAAAAAAAGUACGACUCGCUGCAGAGAAUCAAACCGAAAUAGACAGAUCGAAUGUUUUGAAGGAGGAGAUGAUGGCACCCUCUCGGUCCAUGUCUCUAGAUUCGAAUACUUUAGGAAUGGAUGAUAUUGAUGAGACAGACAGCUAUCAGCCUCUACCAGAAUGGUUACUAGAAGUAACGGAAGAUUUAGAUUCAUGCAUAGCACAACGUCACUUCGAAGAGGCAUACAACCUUUUGGAGAGAGCACGGACAUACUUAAAUGAAACACCGCAAACCCCUUUUCUCGCAGAUAUAAAAACAAAAGUGAACGAUAGAGCACGAUCUCUCGUAGAUGUUCUGACAAAGGAACUAGAAUCUGAGGCAGAGGCUUAUCAAGGUGGAAGCUUAAGAAGCGCUCGUCGUGCUGUUAGACUUCUGAUACAACUUGACCGAAGUGCCCAAGCGUCUCAAUUAUAUUUACGCUUAUGCAGUGCAGCACUAAAAACUCGUUUAAAAAGAGUUAAGCGAGAAGACGCCACAAUUCCUUACGUAAAGCAAAUUAGUGCAAUUGCCUUUAGCAACAUCGGGGAAAUGGCUCAAGAAUUCUUAAAAAUGUUUCCUCAGUCUGCGAACUGUACAUCUGGCUUAGUAGUGUGGUGCAGUCAAGAAGUCAAGCACUUGACAUCUCAUUUGAUUAAGCAAGUAUUUAUUCCACAAGUGCCUAUUAGUACUCUGGUUGAAUGUGUUUCUGCGGUUCGAGGAUAUUGUGACCAGUUAACGCAAUUAGGUAUGGACUUCCGCUAUCAGUUGGAUGGUCAAUUGAGAUCACCUUUGGCAAGAGCAUUACAAGAUGCAGGAGAGAAAUAUGUCGAUGCUGUAAAAGUGCGUGCUGCGGAGGAUACUUGGAGACCUUCGAAUCUACAAACCCAACAAAAUCUUGAUAAACUGGUGGCCGAACUGGAUGACCUGGGUAUUCCUGUACCGCAGUCGUACUUAUCAAAUGUUAGCUGGAUUUUAUUAACGAACAAUACACUAGCCUUCUCGAAAUUGUAUAUCAGUCUACUGGAGGAUUGCUUAAGUGUAACGACUCCUGAACUCUUAUCCACUAUUGACGGUGUACUGGUCUCUGUGUUGCGAACUCAAAUUCAACAUUUGACAGCUGCACUGAGUAAUUCCAAAUUAAAACAAGAGAAGAAACUCGUCCAAGACAAUGCUAUUUAUGUUCGUGAUGUUGUGAUUGCGAAGGCUUUAGAAUUCUAUAAAAGCGCCACAGGCCAAACAUCUGCUAAGCUAACAGCGUUAAAAGACCAAAUUAUUUUUGAGCCAACUGUCAAUGCGAAACCAGUUCCAGCACCAAGAACAUCAGUUCCUAAAUAUUCAACUACAGAGUACCUGUAAUAUGUUGCGCUGUAUAGUAUCGUGUACAUAUUUUUUAAAAAAUAUUUAAAACUUUUUCCUUUGUCAUUCUGUAUAAUACCAUUGUGCAACACUGGACAA